CAUCAGACGGAAGGGAAGUGAAAACAUGGCGGUGUAGUCUGGAGGGUUUGUGAUCGCAGCAGCAGGGAUGUGCUGAGAGGCACGGUUAUGGUCUGUCCGCACCAUUUUACGGCCGCCGAAACCAGUGCAUGACCCGAGAAUGCAAACCCAGGAGCAGGAAAAGCUGUCCAGCAGCACGCUGAAGAGGAACCCAAAAAUGGACCUGAGCAGCACCGACUUGCUGAAGCUGCUGAGCCACCUGGAGGGCGAGCUGCAGGCCAGGGACGUUGCGAUUGCCGUUCUGAAGUCGGAAAAGGUGAAGCAAAUGCUCGUACAAAACCGCUUCCGGUCUCCAGCAGCCCAGUCGGAGCCGAUGGCCGCCCUUCAGAGGGACAGCACGCAGGUCAAGGACUCGAGGGUGGACGAGACCCAAAUCAGAGCCCUGGCGGACCGACAGGUUGCCUCCAUCGAAAAUCUCAUCAGGCAAAACAGGAAAAUGCAAAUUCACAUGGCCAAAAUCCUCAAGGACGCCGAGGAUAGACACAGAAAGGUGGUGCAGGAGUUGGAGGAGGAAAAGUGCAAACAUGAGCAUGACACGGCACAAGGGGAUGAUAUCACUUAUGGGUUAGAAAAGGACAGAACUCGAUUGAAGCAGGAACUCGAUAUCGAAAGAUUGGCGAAAAAGAAACUGGAAAAAGAACUGAAAAAAGCUUCGGAGCUGGCGGAAGAGGAGCGAGAAAAGCAGAAACAAAUUGUUCUGAUUUUACUGGAGGAUCGGAAAAAAGCCAUCAUGAAGUACAUUGAGGAGAGAAAACGGUCAGAAGAUUUAGCACAAAUUCUAAGUGAGGAAAAGGGUCGAGUCGACUCUAUGGCCGAAGGACUGGAGGAGGAGAGCAAAAAGGCUUUGCAGAUGGAGGCCGAGCUCGAAAAGCACUUGGCCGAGUUUGACACCGAGCGGCAGCAAUUGAAGGCAGCAGUAGCAAAAGAGGAGAAAAGAGCCCGAGAGGCAGAAAUCGAGUUGGAGGCCCUGAAGCGGAAGUACAUGGACGGUGCUGCCGGCCAGUCGGCAACAAUGAGGCCUCGACCUGGUGUUGCGCCUCAGCUGGUGCCCAAACCUGCCAAUUUGACCGCAGCUGGCAUGACAAGCAGCGUUGUCUCAAAAGUCGUCCAGCCGACUGCUACCGUUUCUAGUGUUCCUGUCUGCGCACCAACUACAGGGAUUGCAAGGUCCGUGUCUCCAGGCCAGACAUUGCGACCUGCUGAUGCAGCACAGCCAAACCAGAACAUCCCCACUAGUCCAAAGUUAUCUCCUGUGACAAAUUUGAUGCCCUCAACCGCAACGGCUCCGGCCGUUAGCCCAGUAGCCAAAAAAGUUGCCCCAGUCGUACGCGGGACCCCUCCUCCGGUGCCGCCUAACAAGCCCGUCAUUCCACCCAAGAAGCCAACCGACCUAGAUCCUAAGACGAGCAAGGUUCUGUCAUGACUUCAGAACAGAAAUUCCACAGCUCCGGACUGAACUUACUCAUGUAUGUAAAAGCGAUUUGCGAAACAUUUCCAAGUGCGGAAACUUCCACCUCCGAUUGGGCACUACUUCCAUAGGUAUAUUAUUUGGAUUCCAACUUUACUUUGACAAGAACACAGGGUGCAUUUUCUCACAUUCGAUCAACCCUGCAGCUGAUUUUACCUGCCACGUUUACUACCCCAUCAGAGACAUGUCGGAACUUUUUUUAGUUCGCAACUUUUCACGAAAGGUCUCGAAACAAUUUUCACUGUUUGUGAUACUGCAUUUUUUAAAUUAAUUCUCUUUAAAAGAAGACAUAUCCAACUUUUUUAUUGUAUUGAUUUACUUUUAGCUCAGAAGUUUAAUCAAAGGGCAACUUUUCGCAAUGGUCAUAAUUGCUACUUA